AUGAUGGCCAGACACUCCUGUGUGGUGCUGGCCCUGCUGCUGCUGCUGGUAGAGGUCUCCAGGUUUGGAGAAGGAGCCUCUAAUCCUGGGUUUGUGGCCAGGAUCACCAGAACAGGCCUGGAUUAUGCCCGCCAAUAUGGAGUGGCCACCUUGACGAGGGAGCUUUCCACCAUGAGUUUGCCUGAUUUCUCAGGAAAAUUCAAAGCUGGCUUGCUUGGGAAUGUGCACUAUGACUUUUACAGACUGAGGCUGCAGCACUUCGAUAUCCGGAACUUGGAUUUGAGUCUUCUUCCAGGGCAUGGUUUGAAAGCUACCCUCUCAAAUAACUUGUCUGUCAGUGGGAAAUGGAAGGUGAAAAAGGGUAUCGUCAAACUGGAGGGCACCUUUGAUUUGAGAGUAGAUGGCAUUUUCAUCUCAGUGUCUCUGAAUUUGGGCAAGAACCCCUCUGGACGACCCACUGCCUCCAUGACCCACUGUAACAGCUCCAUUCACCAUGUGGACAUUGACAUUUCUGGAAACCUGAGCUGGAUCCUGAACCUCUUCAAUGAAAAAAUCGCAAACAAGUUCAAAGCGAUCAUGCAACAAAAAAUCUGCAAAUAUGUGGAGGAGUCAAUAACUUCACACCUGAAUCCAUAUCUCCAGACACUCCCAGUCACUUUGAUGAUUGACGAAGUUGCUGGCAUUGACUACAGUUUGAUAGAUGCUCCCCAAGUGACCUCUCAAGGCUUGGACACACCCUUCAAGGGUGAGUUCUUCAGCCGAAGCCGGCGAUCCCCAGUUCCCUUUGAUGCCCCAGCGAUGGAGAUCCCCCAAGAACACGAUCGCAUGGUCUACUUUGCUGUCUCCGAAUAUGUCUUCAACACUGCCAGCCUCAUGUACCACCAGGCAGGGCGUAUGAACUUCACCCUCAGAGAGGAGCAUAUUGAGCAACUAAGAAAUCAAUCUACCAUCAGCAGAUUGCGGGGGCAGCUUUCGAACCCAAGCUGUCAGACCUCAAAGUCCACAUCUCUACUAAGGGUCCUGUCCUGCUUCUCAAGUAGCUCCCUGCUUAUUCUGCUGCAAACUCCCUUGGACUCCAUGCUGCAUCUUCACACAAACUCAUUCCGGGCUGUGGUUCCUCGGCUGGCCAGGUUAUACCCUAAUAUGAAGAUGGAACUUGAGGGAUCACCUGAAUCAGCUCCUGUCCUGAUGUUUUCCCCUGGGAAUGUGAACUUCAUGCCAGUGGUGACCAUCCAAGCCUUCGUCCUUCUGCCCAACUCUCUUGAACGCAAGCCACUGUUCCAGCUCAGGGCGAGCACCAACGUCUCUGCCACCAUCAAUGUGGCCUCCAGCAGGAUCACUGGCUCAGUGAACCCAGGAAGUCAGCUGAAACUGGAACUGAAGCACUCCAACGUCGGUCACUUCAACGUGCAACUGAUGGAAGCCUUCUUCAAUUACUACGCAACUCACACCAUCUACCCCAUUCUCAAUGCAAAGCUUGAGAAGGGGUUCCCUCUCCCUCUGCCAAGAGACACCUUCCUCAACAGCUUGGUGCUGCAAAUUCACAAGAACUUCUUGCUCUUGGGAGCCAACAUUGAUUAAGUUGAAGAUUGCUGAACCCGCCCCUGCCUGGUGGACAUCAGAGGUUCAGCCGCUCUGCCUCCUCCCCCCGGAUCCUCCACUGUCUCCAUGGAUUCGAAUCCCAGCAAACCAAAGACACCUGAAGACACACCUGCUUCUUCCCCAUCCCCAAGUGUUCUCGUGGCUGUCCUCGUCCUCAUCCGAGGAAGCUCAGCCCCAAGCCCACACCAGGCUGCCACUAGAAUAACGUUGAAUAAAGGAAAAGAGCGUGAGCAGUGA